CCUUUGACGUCCGCCCCUUUAAAAAUCGUUCCUCCAGGAACGAUGACGUCGAAUGUUGUCAUGGAUACCAAAAAUGCAUGUGGUCGAUCAAAAACAUUGUUACAAUCACUAUUGUGCUUUGGCCAAUCAUAAAUCAGCAUUAAAUAUACAGUGCACAUGAUUGGCUAGCUGUUAGAGGCCGAUAUAAAAUUUUCGUAACGCAAGUGCUUCACAUUUCAAAAUGGCGUCAGCUAGCAAGAGAGCGUAUGUUCGAUUUACUGCGGAACAAGUGAGAGAAAUAAUUGAAAACGAUCAAAGUGAGGGAGAAAGUGAUAUAGACAGCAAUAAUGGUGGGUUAUCUAGUGGAGAGGAGUUUGAAUUGGACCAGGAAUUGCAAGAAAGAAGCGACGAAGACUCGGAAUCAAGCUCUCAAUACGAAUCAUUGGACGUGGAACAAGACCUUGAAGUCCCAGAAGCUUCAGAAAAUGAUGAAAGCUCUGAGGGCGAAGAGCAGGAACUUGCUCAAAGACCAAGAGCAGGAAGAGGAAGGGCUAGAGGUAGAGGUAGAGGUAGAGGACGACCAAGAGGAAGGGGUCGUGGUCGAAACAGAGUAGCUCCCCAGGCUAACAACCAGGCACAACAAGCCGCAAACGACUAUGAUACUCCUGAUACACCAAACCAAUUGCCAACAUUUUCACCAAAUAGACAAUCUGGUGUACAUUUAGAAGGCCCUAUUCGAAGAGGAAGCAUGUCAAAGGCAAUUGAUUUUUUUAAAUUAUUCUUUACCAUGGAACUGAUGAGGGAGAUUUGUGAACAUACUAAUGCCUAUGCUUGGGCAUCGAUAUCGAACAAACCAUCUUAUGGCGACAGGCAUGGAGCAUGGAUUGAAACAACCACAGAAGAACUAUACAAACUUAUUGCUCUGAUUAUGUAUUGUGGACUUGUAGAUGUAUCUUCCUUUCAACGCUACUGGAGCACUAAGACAUUGUAUCAUGGGCUUUGGGCACGGAGUAUUAUGUCACGUCUUCGAUUCAAGGCCCUUAUGUCCAUGAUUCAUGUAGUACACCCAGGAACAGAGGCUGAAAAUGAUAAGCUGAGAAAGGUUAGUAGCUUCCUGGACCAUUUCAAAAGCAAAUGUCAAGAACUUUAUCAGCCUUUUCAAAGAGUUUCGAUUGAUGAGCGAAUGGUCAAAUCCAAGCAUAGGUCAGGAAUAAGACAAUACAUCAAAAACAAACCAACUAAGUGGGGCAUCAAGCUUUGGGUUCUAGCAGACAGUGCCAAUGGAUAUACGUGUGACUUUGAUGUAUAUAUUGGGAAAAAAGCUGGUCAUGAGCCAUCUGCAAAUGGAUUAGGGUAUGAUGUUGUUUUCAGGCUUAUGCAGCCUCUCCUGAAUCAAGGCUAUCACCUUUACUUUGAUAAUUUUUACACAUCAGUCAAACUCAUAAAAGAUCUGUUUGCUGUUGGUGUACCUGCUACUGGCACAGCUGCUGAAAAUCGCAAAGGAUUUCCUGAUUGUAUGAAAAAAGGCAAGGAAUGGGCAAAAAGAGAGCAGCGUGGCAACAUGAGGUGGCAAAGGGAUGGAGUAUGUUUAGCACAGCAAUGGAAAGACAACAAGCCAGUUACAAUUCUGUCAUCCAUUGCUGAUGCAAAUGAGUGGGUAAUGGUUGAAAGGAAAGAGAAGGAAAACAACAGAUGGCAAACAAUAAGGGUAAAGCAGCCAAAAGUCAUCGAAAACUACAAUCAAUAUAUGAAUGGUGUUGAUCGCUCUGACCAGCUACUGGCUAAAAACAAUGCAAUUCGAAAAUGCAUGAGGUGGUGGAAAAUUCUUCUUUUCCACAUGGUGGAUAUUGCAGUUGUCAACAGCUAUAUCUUAUUUCAAAUCCAUCGUGCUGAAUAUCCAGAAAAUGAGCUGCUCAAAAGACCACAGAGAUAUUCCCUUGCAGAAUUUCGUGAGGAAUUGGUACGGCAACUGGCAGGUCUGGAAGAAUUUGGUAAUCCCCCUGUGUCUGCACCACCAAAAAGGCAGCCUGGUGAAUUUGAAACAAUUCACCUACCAGAAUUUACAAAGACCAAGAGAAAUUGCAAGGUUUGCUACACUUUGCAUAAGAAACAACUCAAGGUGCUAUCGAGGUGCUCAGCACCCCAAUGCCAGGUUUACCUGCAUUGUACUGCAGACAAGAACUGCUUUUCCACUUGGCAUUCCAAAGAAUAUCAUAAAUAGCAUGCAUAUGUAUACAUAUGUCUUUUGAACUUUGAAUUUAGAUUGAUUUCACAUUUUACAGUAUACAUACGGUUUUCGUAAUAUGAUACAUAGCAAUAAUUCAUGAUAAUAAUUAUAUAACCUAUUAUGCCAUUGAAAACUAUUUUUCCUUUACAAAUGAACCCUUUUGAGAGAUUUCAGUCCAUUUCCAGUUUUAUAAAUGAUGUUAUCAUAGUACAAACCAUGCUAGCUUUGUGUACAGUCUUUAUGUCAAUAUUUAACUUUCAGCACCAUUUAGAAAAAUUUUGAUAUCUUUGUCAGGAUUCAAUAUAAUCUUAUGAUUCUUUGUAUAUAGCUUUAUCAAAUAAUUCUCUAUCUUUUUUUUCUUGGAUGAUAUUUUGUAA